AGGGCUCCAAGAUGGCGGCGGCGGCGCCGGGAGGCGGCGGCUCCUGCGGGGGAGGAGCGGGGCCCGGGGGGGGGCCCGGGAGCGCCGGGAACGGCACCGGGAGCGCGGGGAAUAACGGCGGCAUGGAGGUGGAUGGGGCAGGGGCGCCUCAGGUGAUGGCCGGAGGAGUGACCGGCAGCGUGUCCGUGGCCCUGCACCCCCUGGUCAUCCUCAACAUCUCGGACCACUGGAUCCGCCUGCGCUCCCAGGAGGGACGCAACGGCCAAGGACCCCCAAACCCCCCUGUGGCAGUGAUUGGGGCGCUGAUCGGGCGCCAGGAGGGCCGGAACAUCGAGGUGAUGAAUUCCUUCGAGCUGCUGGCGCACGGCUCGGGGGGAGCGCUGCUCAUCGACAAGGAGUACUACUACACCAAGGAGGAGCAGUUCAAGCAGGUGUUCAAGGACCUGGAGUUCCUGGGCUGGUACACGACGGGGGAACCCCCCGAGCCCGCCGACAUCCACGUGCACAAACAGGUGUGUGAGAUCAUCGAGAGCCCGCUGUUCCUGAAGCUCAACCCCAUGACCAAGCACACGGACCUCCCCGUGAGCGUCUUCGAGUCCGUGAUCGACAUCAUCAACGGCGAGGCCACGAUGCUGUUCGCCGAGCUGCCCUACACGCUGGCCACCGAGGAGGCCGAGAGGAUCGGGGUGGAUCACGUGGCCAGGAUGACGGCAACGGGAGGAGGGGAGAACAGCACGGUGGCCGAGCACCUGAUAGCCCAGCACAGCGCCAUCAAGAUGCUGCACAGCCGCGUUCGCCUCAUCCUCGAGUACGUCCGGGCAGCCGAGGCCGGGGAGGUUCCGUUCAACCACGAGAUCCUGCGCGAGGCCUGCGCCCUCUGCCACUGCCUGCCCGUGCUCAGCACCGACAAGUUCAAAACCGACUUCUACGACCAAUGCAACGACGUGGGGCUCAUGGCGUACCUGGGCACCAUCACCAAGACCUGCAACACCAUGAACCAGUUUGUGAACAAAUUCAACGUCCUCUACGACCGCCAGGGCAUCGGGCGCCGCAUGCGCGGCCUCUUCUUCUAGACGGACCCGAAACUGCCCCAAAUCCACCCGAAAAAUGCCCCGAGAACUGCUCUGAAAUCGCUCCAGAAACUGCUCCAAAAACUGCUCAAAAAUUACCCCAAUGUCGCUCAAAAAACUGCCCCAAAACCGACUCAAAUCCACUCAAAAAAUGGCCCAAAAACUGCUCAAAAAUUACCCCAAUAUUGCUCCAAAAACUGCCCCAAAAUCGCCCCAAAUUGAUCCAAAAGCUGCCCCAAAACUGCCUCAAAUCAACCCAAAAAAUGCUCUAAAAUUGCUCCAGAAAUCGCUCCAAAAACUGCUCAAAAAUUGCCCGAAUAUCACUCCAAAAACUGCUCCAAAACUGCCUGAAAUCAACCCAAAAAAUGCCACAAGAAGUGCUCUGAAAUCGCUCCAAAACCUGCUCCAAAAUUGCCCCAAAUUGCUCAAGAAACUGCUCAAAAAUUGCCUCAAAACUGCCCCAAAUUGGUCCAAAAAGUGCUCAAAAAUCGCUCGAAAAACUGCCCCAAAUCGCCUCAAAAAACACCCUAAAAACUGCACCAAAAGUCGCCCAG